CUUGCCUUUGCAUCUUUCCGUGCCAACUCCAUCUAGAGUCUGGCAUGUUCGGUGCCAGUCUUUGGAUGUUACGACACUGACUAUAUUCCCUAGAGACUGAGAUGGUUGGCAAGAUUGGCCACGUUUGAGUCUUGUUCCGUGCGGGAUAUCACCCGCCUACUAACUAACCAUCAUGCCGUCUCCUCUUCAACCAAAUGCCACUACAAAGGUCUGCUUCGUGACUGUGGGUGCUACAGCUUCUUUUCAUCUUCUUCUACAGUCAAUCCUGGCAGACCAGUGUCUGCUGGCAUUACAGAAACUAGGGUUUACCCACCUACUUAUGCAAUAUGGCAAGGACGGCCAGGCUCUUUGGGAUGAGUUCCAGAACAGAUGCCCUCCUGAUAGUGAAAGCCGCCAUGGACUUGAAAUCGCUGGAUUCGACUUCAACCAGGCUGGAUUAGACGAGGAGAUGGGCUUGGCUCGAGCUGAUCCGUCUGAGGAUCGAGUCGGGGGAUUAAUCAUCAGCCACGCUGGAUCGGGAAGUAUUCUUGGAGCAUUACGGCUUGGUGUGCCGCUUGUUGUUGUACCGAACCCAACCCUGAAGGAUAAUCACCAGGAAGAACUGGCACAGGAACUGCAGAAGCAGGGAUAUGUUGUCGCCAGCAACUACUGGGAAAUUUCGAGCGCACUCGCUCGUGCAGAAAAGCUGCGAGCUCAGAUGCUGGCUUGGCCGCCUGUGUGUGGAAUUGAAGCCGCUUUUGGGUCUUUAUCACUAGCACCGGUCGAAUCCACUCUCCCGGGCGCAUUGAAAGCGAUACAUCUGUAA